AUGGAGCAGAACGAAGACGAGAAGUCAAUCGCUACAGAAAAUGAACGUUCGCAAGGUAUGCACAUGUUGACUCUGUUGAGUAGCAAUUUGUCAAUAACAAUGGACGAUUAUAUUCUAGGUAAAUUUGACGCCUCUUCGCAAACGGAAAAUUUAGAAAAUACAAAGAACGUGCAGCAGACUCGGCGGUCGAAAGCUACAAACACUGGAAAUGAUGAAUCGAUUCAUUCGCGCCAAACGCGCGAAAUUCAAACGGAUAUUAUGGACGCAGAGACGGUAGAAAAAUUGAAGAAUAGGUUAGAUACUUUGAUGAAUUCCUUGGCCACGCUAUCGGCAGAGAAAUCUAAAAUGGAAGCGAAUUUUCAGCAGGACAAGAAGCACCUGAGAAGCGAACGAGACGAAUGUGAGAAAGUGAUUAAAGAUUUGAAGGAAAAAUUGAAGAAAGCGCAAAGUACGAAUUACUCGGAGAUCGAGCACAUGAAGUGUAAAUUGAUCAUGGAACGUCACGAAAGGGAAAGGGAACAAACUGAUCAUGGAAAGAUGAUGAAAGAACUUCAGAAAUUAUUGCACGACGAACGACGAAGUAAAGAACAACUUGAGAUACAAGUAAAAAGUCAGUUCGCUCACAAAACGCAGUGUAAAAUACUUGAAGCUGAAUUGGAGAUAACUAGAAACAAGCUUAAACAGGCGGAAGAAGCAGCUAAAGAGACUCCUCCAAUUUUACUGUCUCUGCAAUCUGAAAUGGCACUGAUGAAGAAACAACAUUUAAAUGCGAUACACGAAGAGCAAAAAAGAGCUGCUGCUGCGGAGCAACAAGCCAGAGCAUUAGCAAUGACUCACGAGGCAAGAGUAGCUGGCUUAGAAGCAAGAUUGGCUGAACUUUCAGAAAUUGUCGGAGGAUAUGAUAGACUCAGGCAGCAAGAUCAACAAGCCAUACAGAAAUUGAAAGAGCAACUGGUUGGUCUGCAAGAUUCUGAGUACGAUUACAUCACGUUAAACAACCAACCCGAAGAAAUCGUUUCUAAGAUAAAAAGUCUUUACACUAAAUUGCUAGAUUUCGAUAAUAAGAAAAGCGAGUCGGCACACGUCAAAUAUUUAUACGAUAAACAAGAAAUUAUUGACUAUAAAGAAAAGUACGAAACUCUGCUGCAAGAGUUUGAAGAUUAUAAACAACAAAUGAAAUACAGCAACGUUGGGAAUAUAUCGUAUAAUAUUCAGAAUCAAAAUAUUGCAUCGUCGUUGCACGAUAAAAAUCAUAAAGCGCAGUUACAUCUUUUGAAGGCGCAUAAUAAUAAUUUGGAAGAAAGAAUACGUGUUUUGAACAACGAAAUUUCGUCUCAAGAAGAACGUGAAAAACUGAAACAUUUGUUGCUACAGAAAGAGAAUGAAUUUCGUAAUAAAAUGUCUACGUUGGAGCAACAAUUACUACGUCAACGAGAACGAUCGAUGGCUCUCAUCGAAGAAAAGGAUGAAGAAAUUUUAGCCUUGAAAACAUCGUUUCACGCGUUGGUACCGAAAAAGGAAAAUACCGCGGAAUGUAAAUCAAAUGCGUCAAAAUAUAGAAACGGGGCAGAACCUAUUACCGACUUAGUAACAGGAUUAUUAACAAACGACAGCCCUCCGAUAUUGCAUUACAGCCAAGAGUUAGCGAGAAAAGAAGUGCAGGUAUCAGCAUCUAGGAAGAAAGUUUUAGAAUUGGAAGCUACACUGCGAGAGAAACAAAGAGAAAUCGUACAUAUAAAGGAGAAGCAGAGGGAAGAUUCGAAAGUUUUGCAGGCUCAAAUCGAGAGACUCGAAGCUUGCAAGUCUCGGGAAGGUGCGAAUCUUGAAUAUUUGAAGAAUGUUUUUAUAAAUUAUUUAACCACGAACGACGCGUCCAGUAAACGUCAUAUGUUGAACGCCAUUUCUACGGUAUUACGUUUUACUCCAGAGGAAUUAAAUAAGAUUCACGUUAAAUUAUUCACGUACUACAAGAAAUUAUCUCUUGAUACAAUGUACAAAGAAUGUAAAAUCAUUGCACGACAUUCCUUAUUCCGUGUUUAUAUGACUUUAAGAUAUUUGAAAAAAUGUAAGUUGAAGAACAAUUGUAGAACUCUUGUAGCUUAAACGUAUUUACAUUUUUUUAUCAAGAUGUAUAA